UUCACCCAACACGUUAUACACAUUUCUUUGGCAACUCCACCACCACCACAACCACCGUUAUCAACCUCCGGUAAUCCGCCAUGGAUCUUCUCCUCUUGGAGAAAACUCUCUUAGGCAUUUUUGUUGCCAUUAUAGGCGCAAUCUUCAUCUCUAAGCUACGUGGCAAGCGUUUCAAGCUCCCGCCGGGACCUAUCCCAGUACCCAUUUUCGGCAACUGGCUCCAAGUCGGCGAUGACCUCAACCACCGCAACUUAACUGAUCUCGCCAAGAAGUUCGGAGAGAUUUUCCUUCUCCGAAUGGGCCAGCGCAACCUCGUUGUCGUAUCAUCCCCGGAUCUCGCCAAGGAAGUCCUCCACACACAAGGCGUCGAGUUCGGAUCCCGAACUCGAAAUGUCGUGUUCGAUAUAUUCACAGGGAAAGGACAAGACAUGGUGUUUACAGUAUACGGCGAACACUGGCGCAAGAUGCGGAGGAUCAUGACUGUUCCAUUCUUCACCAACAAAGUGGUCCAGCAAUACAGGCAUGGAUGGGAGGCGGAAGCCGCGGCAGUGGUGGAAGAUGUGAAGAAGAAUCCGGCGUCAGCGACGGAAGGUAUUGUGAUCCGGAGACGGUUGCAAUUGAUGAUGUACAACAAUAUGUUCAGGAUUAUGUUUGAUAGAAGAUUCGAAAGCGAGGAUGAUCCAUUGUUCCUGAAGCUGAAGGCGUUGAAUGGCGAGAGAAGUCGAUUGGCACAGAGCUUCGAAUACAACUAUGGCGAUUUCAUUCCAAUUUUGAGACCAUUUUUGAAAGGCUACUUGAAGGUCUGCAAGGAAGUCAAAGAGAAGAGGUUGCAGCUUUUCAAGGAUUACUUCGUUGAUGAAAGAAAGAAGAUGGGAAGCACAAAAAGCAUGGAUAACAAUCAGUUGAAAUGUGCAAUUGAUCAUAUUCUUGAAGCUAAGGAUAAAGGAGAGAUCAAUGAAGACAAUGUUCUUUACAUCGUUGAGAACAUCAAUGUUGCUGCAAUCGAAACAACCUUAUGGUCAAUUGAAUGGGGAAUCGCCGAACUCAUAAACCACUCGACCAUCCAAUCGAAACUCCGCCACGAGCUCGACACAGUUCUCGGACCCGGAGUCCAAGUCACCGAACCCGACAUCGCAAAACUCCCCUACCUCCAAGCCGUAAUCAAAGAAACCCUCCGCCUCCGAAUGGCCAUCCCUCUCCUAGUCCCGCACAUGAACCUCCACGACGCCAAACUUUCCGGCUACGACAUUCCGGCGGAAUCCAAGAUUCUAGUGAACGCGUGGUGGCUCGCCAACAACCCCGCCCAAUGGAAGUCGCCGGAGGAGUUUAGGCCCGAAAGAUUCCUUGAAGAGGAAAGUAAAGUGGAGGCAAAUGGAAAUGACUUUAGGUAUUUACCAUUCGGAGUUGGUCGCCGGAGUUGUCCCGGAAUUAUACUCGCGUUACCGAUUUUGGGGAUAACGAUUGGGCGGUUGGUGCAAAAUUUUGAGCUGUUGCCGCCACCCGGGGAGUCGAAGGUGGAUACGAGUGAGAAAGGCGGACAGUUUAGUUUGCAUAUCUUGAAGCACUCGAUGGUUGUGGCUAAACCGCGAUCGUUGUAAGGGUUUUUUUAUUUAUAUUUUGUUGUUGUUGUUAUGUAAUGUUGUAUGUGUUGGGGAUAUGGAAUAUGAAGAUGGGAACAAAUCAUGC